UUCCGGUGCAAUGGAGUACAAGAUUUGAAUUUGCCUUCGCUAAGUUCCAUCUGCACCUCUGUCUCUUGUUUACAACAACAGAAGCGUGGUCGCAGUGAACAAUGAAUGAUGAUACCAGCAAACUAUUUGAAAGAGUUGCUCAAAGGAUGGGAUGGGCUGAGAAGGGAGGACUGGACUCAGCAGAAAAAAAGCUGCUAAGAUCAAUUGGCAAGACUUCUCAUGCUGCCACAAGUGGUCAUCGAUCUGUGCACACAGCAGCCUCACCCCUCCAGCUUGCCCUCUCUGACAGUGAAGAGGACCCAGAGAAGGAGAACCAGUACUCCAAGGGCAGCGAUUACAGAAACAAGCCUUUGAUCGAGUCUAGUGAUGAUGACUUUGACCAGUUUCUUGUGGGAAGGACUCCACUGAAAACUAAACCUACCUCACAGAAACCAUGUACUGCUGAGAAGACAGGCGGUUCAAAUGUUCUUGUGGUGAGCUCGGACGAUGACGAUGGCAGCUUUGAGACAUUUCUGCAACGAGUGAAAACCACUAAUUCCAAGCCUAAGAAAAUAUCAGAGAGUGGGAGUGAAGAUAGCCUCAAAAACUUCAUAGUGGAUGACUACUCGUUAGAUGAUGACUUUGUUGAGACAAAGUCAACCUUUAAAGUGCCUACCAAGAGCUAUACUCCAGCAGCCCAGCGUCCACUGAGGAGACCACUGUCUCAGUGUGAUUCCCCAGUCUUUGUUAGUGACAGCGACGAUGAGGAUGAUAUUGUCAUCAAGAGCACGUGGAGGACUCGUCACUCAAAGCCUCCGCCAAAGGCUGACGUCAAUAAUGCUCGGUUGUGUGAUAAAGAGGAGAGUGCAACAUCGCUACCUUUCUCCUCUCCUUUUUCUCUUCCUCCCCACAAAACUCCAACAUCACUGGCGUCUCCCAAACGCACUCUUUCAGCACCUUCUAAGCUAGAUGAGUCAGAAAGCUCUGAGGAGGAGUUCACAUCCCUGCUGGAGAGACUGAAAAAGAAAAACAAGCUGAUUGGUCCUUCAUUCUCACCCAGAAACACCCAUGAAAGCAAAAAGGAUCCUCCUGUGUCAGUUCCUCCAGUAAAAGGACUGACAACACCUGCCACUAAAUCUUUAGGAGAAACGCCUCUUCAUAUGAAGACACCAGGAAAAUCCACCAUCUCAAAGCCCGUAGUCAGUCAGACAGAGCCCAGACAUGGCCCCACAAGCAGGGUAGCAUUAUGUAAGACCCCAGGAUGCUUCUUGCAGUCCUUAUCAAACCCUGGCACCAGCUAUGGCCAGAAGUUUAAGCAGAACAAGGAAGAACUCACCAGCAGACUCUAUCAGCUGUACAACACCAGUGUGUUUGACAGUAAGCUCCCUGUCGAUAUGUCAGUCACUUGGAACAAGAAAAUGCGUAAAACGGCCGGGUACUGCAUCACGGGGCGGGAGCGAGGUGGAGGGAGCCGUUAUGCCCGCAUUCAGCUGUCAGAGAAAGUCUGUGAUUCUGCAGACCGCCUCAGAGACACACUGAUUCAUGAGAUGUGUCACGCUGCGACCUGGCUGAUUAAUGGUGUACAGGACGGCCACGGGAACUUCUGGAGGCUCUAUGCUCGCAAGGCCACAGUGGCGCAUCCCGAGCUGCCCAUGGUCACCCGCUGCCACAGUUACGAGAUCAAGUAUAAAUUCCAGUACCAGUGCACCCGCUGCCAGAAUACGAUCGGGCGUCAUUCCAAGUCACUGGACACACAGAGGUUCGUGUGCGCCCUCUGCACAGGACAGCUGGUCUUACUGACGCCCUCCAAGCCGCGCGCUCCCACACCUUUUGCCAACUUUGUCAAAGAGAAUUAUGGGACUGUACGACAGGAGCUAGCGGGACAAAGCCAUGCGGAAGUGAUGCGUAAACUUAGUGCCGACUUUGCCUCUAAGACUAAACUCAGUCAGAGCUGAGAUGCUGAGGCUCACUGUGCUCACAGCCACAGAUUUGGCUGCACAACCACAGGAAAUACUUCUGAAAUACCUCAGUCAACUAGUCUUAUGUUAGUGAGCAGCUGUGAUUGUUAAUAUUGAAUCUUUUCAUUUGAUUUUCUUGUCAUUUCUGUUUUUUAUUAGUAUGUGAUUAUAGACUGAAUCCGCUGUGAGAACUGAGCCUCAACACCAAGUUCACGUUCCUUCUGUGUUUGUGUUCACUGUAUGCUGUGAGUGCGUUGUGUAGAUGAGGUGUUGUCAAACACGCUGUGGUUAUCCGUGCUAUCUAAUACAUACCGGAGAUCAGUUUCUUAAGGAAUUGGCAUUAUACAGCACCAAGGUAAACAUACGGGUAAAUCCUUUUUUUAUAUAAAUGUAUUUGACUGGUUUG